ACGUGGCGAUGAGCUAGAGGCGCUGUCGGCGUUCGUGGUCCACGGCUAUUGGACGUUGUUGCUCCGUUGAUUUGUUUGUUUUGGUCGACAUGCCGCUCGUAGAACCUGAAAGUACAGUAGGUGGCAUGUGCUGGAGUCGCCGGGUUGCGUGUUACUUACCGAAUAAGUACUGCUUUUGGAAAACGAGAGAGCGUCCGAGUCUUCGCCUGGUGUGUAAGCAGACGUGUAGCCGGCAGCCGAGCUACUGGAGGCGAUAGUAGGUGGGCGCUCUUUGCCGCCUCAUCUACUACCUAAAGAGGAGGGAUGCCUCAGGUGACACCCGCAGUGUUCCUACAGCUGGCUCUUCUACUGUCUGCCCUUCCUGCCCAGUACCUCAUCUCCCAGUGGACUGGAAAGGAUGCUGCCUACCGCUAUCAUGCCACCCAAAGGCUAAUCAGAAGCUGGAAUAAUUUCCAGAAGUCCUACUUAAAUGUGGGUGCUGUGGUUGAAAGAGUGCAACGCUGGGUGUCUAAUGUCAUGCCAUCUAUGACAAACCUAGACAAUGAACAAGAAGGGGAGUCACCAGCAUUUGAAGUGCUACGUUUUCAACGUGAGAAUGGAUACUUUGGAGACUCUAGAGAAAUUCGCAGUCCAAGACCCAACUCUGUACUUUAUCGAGUGGGUGAAGUGAUUAUGGAAAAGGAUCAUGGUAUGAUUGGAGUUAUUGUUGGUUGGGAUGAGAAGCUGAAAGCUCCUAGAGAGUGGAUUGAACAAAGGUAUUCACAUACUGAGGGUGAAGAGGAUGUUCCGCAUUAUAAAGUAUUAUUUGGGGAGCCAAGUGGAAAGGCUGUAAUGGUGGACUACAUUCGACAAACCGCUCUACAGGCUGUUACAGGUGUAAAGCCACAAAUCCCCAAUUCAGAGAUCUAUUUUAGACAUUAUGAUGGAAGGAAGUUCAUUAUGCAGCCCUGGUUGAAGGCAAUCUACCCUGAUGACUGAAGAAGAAGAAGAAGAAAAAAAAAAACAUGCCUGAAGACAAAAAGAAGGUGAGGACUGGGCAUAGCAGAAU